AUGAAAUAUGAGCGAGUAGACACUAGAAGAAGUCUAUUAGAGACUCCAGACCUAUCGGAUCCUCGAGAUACAAUCAUCGUGGCCCAGUAUAUAGAUGUCUACCUUGAAUGCCAGACUUAUAUUUCACGAGCCUCACCUGAGACUAGUCUUCUGCCAUCUACAAACAGGUCCCCAAUAAGGAAGUCGUGCGCCCGCAAAACUCAAAACACCGAGGCGCCCCACCACAAAAUGUCCGGCUGGAGAAUGUCUUUUGAGGCUUGCAAGACCUCAGUUAGUGUAGCUCUGAAAUUUGCACGGGGUGGAGGCGUUUUACUGCAGACGAGCCGCGGCAAACUCACCUGA